UGUGUCAAAGUUUUCUGAAUAUUCAUGUGAAUUCACGGAUAAAGUAAUCAUAAAAAUGAAGCCCGACUUGAACGGAAAAGCGGACAAGGAUUAUGAGUUUCUGGAACAGGUUUUGGAUACGUUGUACGACUUUGGAAGUGGAGCCACGAAAAAGAAGAAAGCGAAAAAACGGAAAAGAUGCGAGCCCGAAGAUGUUCCUGAAGUUGUGUGCGGCGUCAAUGAAGAGCGAGGAGGAGAACAAGAUCCCACAGAGAUGACGGUCCAGAAUCAAAGUACAAAAGGAGCAACUAAUAACGUAGCCCCAACGACAGGAUCAGCUGCGGAGCCGUUGAAACGGGUGGAGGUGGUGAGCUUCCAGGACCCCGCCAAGAGGCAACGGAAGACCAAACAGAUGCCCGCAGUAGCUGAAACCCCCCCGCUGGACACCUCGGACAAGAAGCAGAGUGCACCGCAACGGGGUCUCAGUUUGGAGAAGGCUCGACUGGAGGUGCAUCGCUUUGGCAUCACGGGGUACAAAAAGGAGCGUCAGCGAGUCUUCGAGGAGGAGCGAGCCAUCAUGUUGGGCGCCCGACCUCCCAAGAGGAAUUAUUUGAACUACAAGGUGCUGCAGCAGCAAAUCAAAGAGAAGAAGGCCAAGAAGGAGCCGCAUCCGGACCUGAAAAAAAAGAAGAAGAAUACAAGCAGGGACAAGGACAAGAUGAGGACGGCGGGCUCGUCCUCGGAGCCCACGGGCCAGGUGGGCCGCUUCAAGAACGGCAUGUUGGUCCUCAGCCACAGGGAGAUCCGGAACAUCAAGGGCACGACGCUACGCAAAUGAGGUUGGUGCGCUCAUGCCGACGGGCUGGUGUGUCAUCAAAGGAGACAUUAACGUUAGAUUCGCUAAGUUUUGUUAUAAAACUAAUUAAGUGAGUUAAAACGAUAAACUAGAAGUCAUCAGAACUACAACGGACCCCCAUUAUUUUACAUAUAUGGAUAUAGAAACGGUGAAAAAGUAAAGCCCGUGUUGAAAUCAUCGUACGUGACAUCAACAAAUUUCGCGAGACAUCUGCUGAUAGAAAUAUGGAAUAUGCAAAAGCUUCUUCCUGCCCCCGCUGCCGUCACGCGUCUCCAGUGGGUUGGACUCAUUAACCGUUCGGACAGACGUGGACGAGUGUGACAUUUGGGAACAAGAGUUAAUAAAGGUUUUAUGAUGGAUCUGGAACAAGUCCGUUCACCUACUCCCCCAGAACCGUGUCCACGGGCCAAUGACCUGCUUUAUUUGGAUGGACAAUAUGGAUGCCGUAUUGCGGAACGCGAGGAAACUAACGGACGUGUCUUCACCGAAAAUGGAGGAUACAAACGUUGCAAACAAACAAAAGUGGACAGAAACAAGACUGAGUCCAGAAAAAUGCACCACAGCGAACUCUUCCUUCAUCUUGGUUUCAUCAAAGGUCAUUUAUUUGUCUUUUUAUAAACAACCAAUAAGAUAUCA